CAAUCCACUGCUAGCGGCUAGUGUCUAAAUAUUGUGCGAUACGUGGUCGCGUUGCCAACGAGCGAGUGGUGGAAUACACCCAUCUAACGUUACUAUCGCCGCCGGAGUGGAUCAGUCUGAAAUUGCGUGCGACUGAUAACAGCGGCGUUGAAUUCCACACAGGAAUUUUAACUAAAACAGAAAAAAACUUUAAGUUUACGAGAAUCAAAGAUCCUAACCUAUCUUACACCUGCUAACUUGAUUGGUUUUGUUUUAUUUGAGAAACAAGUGAAUAGCAGCAAAACUCAAAAAUGUUCAGCUGGUUGACACGCGACUCCCAAAAGGAGGAGGUCUACGAGUCGGUCAUCCAGGGUCUAAAGAACAUCUACAAAACAAAACUACUGCCUCUGGAAUUAGCCUACCAGUUCCAUGACUUCCACUCGCCGCAGCUGGAGGACUCAGACUUCGACGCAAAGCCGAUGAUCCUGCUCGUUGGCCAGUAUUCCACUGGCAAGACAACAUUCAUCAGGUAUCUUCUAGAGAAAGAUUUCCCUGGUAUCCGUAUUGGACCUGAACCAACCACGGAUAGAUUCAUCGCAGUGAUGUACGAUGAUAAGGACGGGCAGAUACCCGGCAACGCCCUCGUCGUCGACCCUAAAAAACAAUUCCGCCCGUUGAGUAAAUUCGGCAACGCAUUCCUCAAUCGCCUGCAAUGCUCCAUGGUAAACUCCCCAGUCCUCAAGAACAUCUCCAUUGUAGACACGCCUGGUAUCCUCUCAGGUGAGAAACAACGUGUUGAUCGCGGGUACGACUUCACUGGUGUCCUUCAAUGGUUCGCUGAACGAGUAGACAGAAUAAUUCUUUUGUUUGACGCGCAUAAAUUGGACAUAUCGGAUGAAUUCCGCAGGUCUAUUGAAGCAUUACGGGGACACGAUGAUAAAAUCCGUAUUGUCUUGAACAAAGCUGAUAUGAUUGAUCACCAGCAAUUGAUGCGUGUGUACGGUGCAUUGAUGUGGUCACUGGGUAAAGUCCUCCAAACACCAGAGGUCGCACGUGUCUACAUUGGUAGUUUCUGGGAUGAACCCCUACGAUAUGAUGGUAAUCGUAAAUUGUUCGAGGAUGAGGAACAGGACCUUUUCAGAGAUCUCCAGAGUUUACCACGAAACGCAGCGUUGAGGAAAUUGAAUGAUUUGAUCAAACGCGCGAGGCUGGCCAAAGUCCACGCGUAUAUCAUCGCUGAAUUACGCAAGGACUUCCCGUCGAUGUUCGGUAAGGAAGGCAAGAAGAAGGAACUCAUCAAGAAUUUGGGUACUAUCUAUGAGAAACUGCAGAAGGAGCAUAAGAUAUCCAUCGGGGACUUCCCCGAAAUCAAGGGCAUGCAAGAGGUUUUGGUGAAUAUGGACUUUACAAAGUUCCAGGCGCUGAAACCUAAACUACUGGAUGUGGUUGAUAAAAUGUUGGCGGAUGACAUUGCUGUUUUAAUGGCGAAAAUCCCACUGGAGGAUACCAAUACAACGAGUCAUGAGUUAAUCAAGGGCGGGGCUUUUGACAGUGUUGAAGACACCAAUACUCCAUUUGGAUACAAGCGAGGAGAGGGGAUAGACGCUGGAUUCGGCGAACCUGAUUGGAUCGUGUAUAAAAUGAAGCCUAAAUAUGACAUACUCUUCGAAGAAUUGAAUCCGAGCGAUGGAAAAAUUAGCGGUGCAGCUGCCAAGGCUGAAAUGGUGAAGUCGAAACUGCCGAACUCAAUGCUCAGCAAAAUCUGGAAGCUCUCCGACGUGGAUAGGGAUGGUAUGCUGGACGCUGACGAGUUUGCGCUUGCCAUGCACUUGAUCAACGUAAAACUGGACGGAAAUGAUUUACCAUCGGAUCUACCCGAGCAUUUAAUUCCACCCUCGAAACGCUAAACAAAACUAAUACAAAAACACAAGACGUACGUCUAACUACCGGCUGGCUGUCAAUUGAAAAUUGACAGAUGACAGCAUCAACGUAUGACACUUUAAGUUAGACCACACACAAUACAUUCAUUUGUUCCACACGCACACAAUUCAAGACAUACUCACGCAGUUUUUAUUUAUUGCCGCUGAAUGAUUAGGUUAUUAUUGGUUAUGUCAUGAUGUUCGAACCUAAUUGGCGCUAAUUGCACAGUCGUAAGGUCCGCCACACGUGAUACGCUCGUACUGUAAAUGUAAAUAGGCAUCGUCACUCGUCGUCAAUGGGAUAACGAGCGGAAUUUCGCGUUUUUCGAACUUCCGCGCGGUCAUUUCGCAUGAUGGGCAAUCAGGGCCGGGCUUAAAACGAACGCACGUCAAGGCCUACCACCCACACUGGAUUUAACUACAUAGUCACAUACCAUACACCUUUUACAAUUCAUGCACACAAACACAACUUGAAAAGUCAUCGAAAUUUGAAUGUGGUUGAUUUAUUCGAUGCAACUUGCUAAGCAUGAUAAGAUGUUUAUAUUUUUAUAAAGACAUAGCGCGCGGAGUCCAAUGAUACGUGUAAUUUUAUACGAUGUUAUUCUUGUUAUAAUGAUGAGGUGCAAAUACUGUGUCGACGUAGGCUUAGGAUAAGAAAUUAUUAGCAAAUUAUUCAAUGAGAUUGGAAAGAUGUAUGUUUAUAAUUAUAUAAAUUACCGUAUCGCUGUCUGGAUUAUUUAUGAGAAAGUGUAUUAAAUAAUUUGAUGAUUCGUAACACUGUUGUAAAAUUAUUCGUGGUUAUGGGUGACAGAAAUGGUGUAUAUUGGGUUGCCUGCAAUCAAGGCGCACACGACUGUCAAAAUAAUACUAAAAAUAAUAAAAUACUUACGUAAUACUAAACAAAAUCGACAAUAACAUAAACUCUAAGCGUAACUAUGCUACAAUUUACAAAUCUACACUACACCGAAUAAAUUUACUCAUUCAAUCAAUGAACUGAAAUGUGUUUGUUUGAUAUGUGUAUAGUGGGUUGCCUAUCUUGUAGGCGCUAUGUAAUAAAGUUCCGAUGACAAUCCA